AGUACAUCAACCAGCAAACAACUUUCGUGAAGGGACAGGACAGUCUGGUCGGCGCCACAGUUAGCCUCGGGUGUAUCAACAGUGAUGAUGCUUUCAGCGAUGAAAGAACGAUAAUGACGACAGUCUGCCGCAGUGACGGGACCUGGGAUCCGCCAUUACAGAACUGUUCAGUCAAGUGUCCUAAGCUUACUGUCCCACACGCAACUGUUGUCAUCGACACAUCAGACCCUUACAAGGCAAACGUCACCUGUUACCAUGGACACCGUCUUCCCGAUGGUAACGUGUCUGCUGUAGCCAUCUGCACGAACCGAAGCUGGACAGCGCUGGACUGUCAUCUCCCUGUAUGUGAUGACAUCACACUACAAAAUGCUACCGUGGAGCUGACAUACGUGGAUGAAGUUGCCAUAGCAACGAUAAGGUGUAAUGGAUCCAAUCUUUUCUUGGAUCACAGCACAGAGCGAGUUCACGUGUGUGUGGGAGGAGCCUGGACACCCAGUCUGCAGGACUGUGCAGGAAUAUGUGACGUCACCCGGUUGACUUCUCUUUACAAGGUGAACGUCACCAACCUAACAUCAUCUGAACGAAGCUUUUCUAUUCAGCGUAGACUGUGAAGCCGGGAUAUGAAUUUCCUGACCAGUCACAGUCGAAGGUGUUUGUCUGUCAGGAAGACAUUUGGUACCCUGAACCUGUCAACUGCUCUGGUAUGUCUGGUUUCAAAGCACAUAAGAAAAAACUUCAGAAGUCGUAGUCA